AUGUGUUUGGUAGUCCCCCCCAACACCUGCCAGACCAGUCUCACCUGGCCCAGUAGUCCCCCCAACACCUGCCAGACCAGUCUCACCUGGCCCGGUAGUCCCCCCCAACACCUGCCAGACCAGUCUCACCUGGCCCGCUAUGCGUGGUGUUCACCUGUGGAUGUAUAUGGGAAAGUGGUGGAGCUCAUGUCGCCAGGAGAGGAAUACUUGGAUGAAAUGUCAGUUCGCUCCUUUUUCAAACUGUUAGAGAAGCGUGUGCAGUGCCCUGGUGUGUCGUGUGAAAAGUGCCUCUCUGUGCAGUCAGUAGACCAGCUGGUGGGUAACAUCACCAGCACUGGUGGUCUCCUUCACCAGGAGGGCUUCUUCAGAGUGGCAGCAGGAUGCUGCCUCUACCUCAGCUCUCCCUCAGAGGCCUGCUCUGCCAUGAGGGCAGGGAGGUGGGGGGACCAGACGGACCACUUCAUCCGUGAGAUCACAGGCUAUGGGGAUGGACACAGAGACAUGGAGCGCAGUGGGAUAGAGACGCUGCUCCGUAACCUGAAGAAGCACUACAAGCAUGAUCAGCAGUAUGACCAGCAGUGUCUCACUGGUCAAGACAUCUUCGAGGAGAGCAACGUGUCAAUGAAUGAUGGUGGCCCACACAACAUGGAUGUGGUGUUUGGAUACAUAGUUUACCAUGCUUUACGAGGUGACUGCAUGACUGCCAGUGCACUGCCUGAAGAAGGCUACUUUCUGGAUUUCAUAUUCAACCCCUUCGGUUCUGACAACAUUACCAUACACGGUACAGUAAGAAACAACUAUUCCUAUCUAUUGGCAGCUUGUUUCAGCCCAGAGGAGCUGAUAAAGAUCCAUGGGCUGAAUGGAUCUAGCCUGUCCAGGUCUGACGUGGCCCGGCUCAGCCCAGCCCUGGUCCAGCAGAUCCUCAGUGGGGCCUGCAACAGCACCUCUCCCCCCACUGGACCAUCAGAUCAGCUCAGCACCACAGAGAAGUAUGUGUAUGCCUCCAUAGCCAAUCUGCUGAUCUGUCUGGCCGCCCUGGUUGGCGUUAUGGUGGUGCUGUGUACCUCCUGCAGCAGUGUCUUCCAGCUCGUCAUCCAGUUCUGUGUCAGCCUGGCCGUGGGCUCCCUCACUGGGGACGCCCUGUUGCACCUCCUGCCUAUGUUCCUAGGCCUCCAUGUUCACAGUGAAGGAACAGACCACAGCCACUCAGAGGAGGUUCCAGACUACAUAUGUAAGAUACUGGUGCUGAUUGCUGGCAUCUACUGCUUCCAUCUCAUGGAGACUAUAUUCUCCAUCGUCACCACACACAAGGACAGCCAUCACCAUUCCCCACAUCACCAUGGGGAGGAGUCUGAGCCCCAUCACUGUGACCAUGUUAAAGUCCUGGAGAUGCACAUGCAGGAGAAAAAGAACAAGCAGUCCGUAUCACAGACUGACCUGGUUGAAAGUGAGCGCAGUGAGGACACAGAGAAAGCCUUUCCAGAACCAAACCAGCGCUCAAGAGAACGGCGUCUGCUACCCUACAUGGUUACCAUAGGGGACGGGAUACAUAACUUUGCAGACGGCCUGGCUAUCGGAGCGGCCUUCUCUGUUUCCUGGAAGUCCGGCCUUGCCACGUCUCUGGCUGUGCUCUGUCACGAGCUGCCUCACGAACUGGGUGACUUUGCUAUCCUGCUGCAGAGCGGGUUGUCAGUGAAGAAGGCCUUGAUGCUGAACGUGGGCAGUGCCCUCACAUCCUUCAUCGGACUCUACAUCGCCCUCACCGUCUCUACUGACCUGGCCACCAAGCAGUGGAUCGCGGCCAUCACCUCUGGUCUCUUCCUGUAUGUGGGUCUGGCUGAUAUGCUCCCCACCAUGGUGCAUGUGGACAACCGUAGGCCCUGGCUCAUCUUCCUGCUCCAGAACGUAGGACUGCUGUCUGGCUGGGGCAUCCUGCUGCUCCUCUCUCUGUAUGAGGAAAAGAUUGGCAUCUAGAGCCUCCUAGUCCUAACACUGUACAGUACAAUACAAUGGAUUUGUAUACAAUUACAAAUGACACUGUAUGUAAGCUAUGCUAUAUUUGACCUGUUUUGAUAUAUUUACUGUAACUUUAAAACGCUUGAUAAUUCUAUAUGAUACAAGAUUUCCUCAAAAUGACUUUUCUAGAUGAUAUAUGAGAUUCUAGUCUAGUUCUGUUGUAUCUUACGUAUCUAACACAUAGAAGUGUAGUCUGUUGGUGUUCAGUAUGAUCCUGCUGUUGGUGUUCAGUAUGAUCCUGCUGUUGGUGUUCAGUAUGAUCCUGCUGUUGGUGUUCAGUAUGAUCCUGCUGCUGGUGUUCAGUAUGAUCCUGCUGUUGGAUUUCAUCUGUAUGCGAUUAGUUCAAACUGUAAUUUAUACCACCGAUAUUUAUAAUGGGACUCACAGAUCCUCAGGCUACUUCCUCUCUUAUUGCCACGUCUUUUGUAUAACCACAUACCAUAACAGUGUGACUGUACAGGGAAGUAGGUAGAUGCAAUUUGAAUUUGUGAUCGUAUGAAGUGUGAAGUUACCGGUAAUGCAGAUGUUGACAGUGUAUAUACAUGUGCCACCAAUCCCACAAAACCCCACAAAAGUUAGAAAAUAAGGUAAGAAAAUAAUAAUUAUGAUACAUGUUGUUUCUGUAUAUCUUUCCUUGUUUAAAUUGAGCACAGCCUUAUACUGCGUUAUAUCUUUUCCGGCUGCAGUAUUUUGUCAUUCUGUCCCCAGUCUACCACUCAAGAGAAUUCCCUGUGAAUGGAUUCAGGAAAUAACCUCCUAGAUACUUUAUCUGACAUGAUUAAUGACAUCGGCAGUUUCACUGUUCAGAGUCCACACUCCAAAGACAGACCGCUCAAGUCCAUGGAUCGCAACGUCUGACCAAUCAGAGGUGGACCGUCAUUUUUUAAAUCUUUGACAGUAGAUCACCAGUCAGCAUGGUGAUCUACUGUAGUUUAUCUGAUUUCCAAGAGAGGGGUUAUAAAGAAGGGUUGGUACAGCAAAGUAUAUCAGCAGAGAUGACGGCCAUUGUGCGUUCCAUUUGAUUAAAUGGCCAUAGUAACAGUCAGAGCAAAGGAGUGGAGGGGCUGUAAGUCAAGGCAUUGGAGUGCGUCCCAAAUGGCACCCUAUUCCCUACAUGGUGCACUACUUUUAACCAGUCCUGGUCAAAAGUAGUGCACUAUAUAGGGAAUGAAGUAUGACCAACAGUAAAGAGUAAGGGCAAUAGGGGUGUGGACCUGCAUACAGAACGCUCAACACAGGUAUGACCAUAAGUCCAAGGGAGUCAAGGGGAUAAGAUGGAUCAUUUGUGGCCUUGCAAUAAAUAUUUAGAAUAAUCUCUAUGCACA